AUGAAUCCAAAUGAAUUACGCAAAUUUGUGAAAGAUAAAGCUGCAAUAUUAAAAGAUGAUGAUGCCGAGAAUCUUGUAAACACUAUAUUAGGUUAUGGAAGCGAUUACUAUGAUUUAUUUCAAUAUUUUGAUCCAGAUUUCUUAAUGAAUUAUCAAAAUGCUCAUUACGAUGAUAUAAGAAUAUAUGAUAUUCAACUCAGAUUAGCAGAUGAAUAUGUAAAUACGUAUCAGAGUUAUCGGGAUCAAAUAUCAGACACAAUCUUCAAGUUAAAGCAAAGUGUUUCACAAGAGGAUCAGAAAACAGCAUACGAACACAAAGCCAGACAAACUCAACCAGAUCUUUAUUCAACAGUGCCACAAGUUUACAUACAUCCACUUCAUCUUUACAAUUUCUUUGAUCAAAAAUCAUUUACGGUAACUGAUGGUAUUAUUAAACCAAGAAAUGACAUGAUUAAAUUUUCAAUUACAAAGGAAAAUUCUUUAGCUAUUUCAAAUUUUUAUUUUUUAAUACCUGAAUCAAGAAGAGUUGAUUUGUCUAUUCAAUAUUUGUUCGAUGAUGUCACUCAAGAUAAGAAAUUCUGGAUCUUUUUGAAUUUAUUCGAUGAGGAGUUCAAACAAAUAUUAGAUUCCAGAGAAAUUGGCAAACCGCUGACAGAUAUAAGCUACUCUGAUCACUACAUCAGAGGGUUUCACGAAAUUUAUCUAAAUAAGGCUCAAAACAAAAAUCAAUUUAUAGAAUUUUAUAAAAAUUACCAAGAAGUGCAAGAAAAACAAUUACUUGAAUUAUGCGUUAAUACUCGUACAAAUUCAUACCAAUAUACGGAUAAAUUCGAAAUAUAUGAUAAUAAAAUUUUAAUUAACGAUUAUUCAGGUAAAUAUCCUUCCAAUCCAACAUCAGUUUCUCUACGUAAAAAAGUUCCAUAUUUCAAUGAAGUAACAUUUAGAUCCUCGAAGAAUGAAGGUUUAUAUUCAGGGCAAAUUAAAGAAUCAAAUGCUAAGUACUUCAAGGUUUGUCUUAACAUAGAAAGUAACAUUAAUAUUAAAAGCCUUCAUUUCAAUGAAAUAAAAUAA